UCUUCAUUCAUCAUCAAUCCUCUCCUCUCUCUCUUCUCUGUAUCUCCCAACUAAAAUACUCACAAGAUUAGAUCAAAAGUCUCAAACUUUGAUACAAAGACACAAACUUUUGAAGAGGGAUGGAUUACAAUCCAAAUCUUCCUCCAUUAGGAGGAGGUGGUGGUAGUAUGAGAAGAAGCAUAAGUAGAAGUGUAAGCAGAGCAAGUAGAAACAUUGAAGAUAUCUUCUCAUCAGGUUCAAGAAGAACACAAUCAGUCAACGACGAUGAAGAAGCUCUUAAAUGGGCAGCCAUUGAGAAGCUACCAACUUACAGUCGUCUUCGUACCACUCUCAUGAACGCUGUUGUUGAAGACGAUGUUUACGGUAACCAGCUCAUGAGUAAGGAGGUUGAUGUAACCAAGCUUGAUGGUGAAGAUCGUCAGAAGUUCAUUGACAUGGUUUUCAAAGUAGCUGAGCAAGAUAAUGAAAGGAUCUUGACUAAGUUAAGAAACAGAAUCGAUAGAGUUGGUAUCAAACUACCAACAGUUGAAGUCAGGUACGAGCAUUUGACGAUUAAAGCUGAUUGUUACACUGGUAAUAGAUCUCUUCCUACACUUUUGAAUGUUGUGAGGAAUAUGGGAGAAUCAGCUUUAGGUCUGAUUGGUAUUCAAUUUGCUAAGAAAGCUCAGCUUACGAUUCUUAAAGAUAUCUCUGGGGUUCUUAAACCUGGAAGGAUGACACUUUUGUUGGGUCCUCCUUCUUCUGGUAAGACCACGCUUCUGUUGGCUUUAGCUGGUAAACUCGAUAAGGCCCUUCAAGUUAGUGGUGAUAUUACUUACAAUGGUUACCGUCUCGACGAGUUUGUGCCAAGAAAGACCUCUGCUUACAUUAGUCAGAACGAUCUUCAUGUUGGUAUCAUGACUGUUAAGGAGACUCUUGAUUUCUCUGCUAGGUGUCAAGGUGUUGGUACUCGUUAUGAUCUGUUGAAUGAGCUUGCAAGGAGAGAAAAGGACGCUGGGAUAUUCCCGGAAGCCGAUGUUGAUCUCUUCAUGAAAGCUUCGGCUGCUCAAGGUGUUAAGAGCAGUAUCGUCACUGAUUAUACUCUCAAAAUUUUGGGGCUUGACAUUUGCAAAGACACAAUAGUUGGAGAUGACAUGAUGAGAGGUAUCUCCGGAGGUCAGAAGAAACGUGUCACAACUGGUGAGAUGAUUGUUGGACCUACUAAGACACUCUUCAUGGACGAAAUAUCCACUGGUCUUGACAGUUCCACCACUUUUCAAAUCGUCAAGUGUCUGCAACAAAUUGUUCACCUCAAUGAAGCCACGGUGCUCAUGUCUCUUCUCCAGCCUGCUCCUGAGACAUUUGAUUUAUUCGAUGACAUCAUUUUGUUGUCGGAAGGUCAGAUCGUGUACCAAGGACCGAGGGACAACAUUCUUGAGUUCUUUGAGAGCUUUGGGUUCAAGUGUCCUGAGAGAAAAGGAACGGCUGAUUUCUUGCAAGAGGUCACUUCCAAGAAAGAUCAAGAACAGUACUGGGUGAACCCGAACAGACCUUAUCGCUACAUUCCGGUUUCAGAGUUUGCCAGUAGAUACAAGAGUUUCCAUGUUGGGACGCAGAUUUCUAACGAACUUGCGGUACCGUUCGAUAAGUCUCGCGGCCACAAAGCGGCUCUUGUGUUCGAUAAGUACUCUAUCUCAAAGAGGGAGCUUCUCAAGAGCUGUUGGGACAAAGAGUGGCUGCUUAUGCAGCGAAACGCGUUCUUCUACAUUUUCAAGACUGUCCAGAUCGUCAUCAUCGCUGCAAUCACGUCUACACUCUUCCUCAGAACCGAAAUGAACACAAGAAACGAGGGUGAUGCUAACCUCUACAUCGGAGCAUUGCUUUUUGGAAUGAUCAUCAACAUGUUUAAUGGGUUUGCAGAGAUGGCUAUGAUGGUUUCGAGACUCCCUGUGUUCUACAAACAGAGGGAUCUCUUGUUUUAUCCAUCCUGGACCUUCACACUUCCCACUUUCUUGCUUGGGAUUCCGAGCUCAAUAAUAGAAUCGACGGCAUGGAUGGUGGUCACUUAUUACUCCAUCGGUUUUGCACCUGACGCCGGCCGCUUCUUCAAGCAGUUUCUCCUGGUGUUUCUGAUUCAACAAAUGGCUGCAUCCCUCUUUAGAUUGAUUGCUUCUGUGUGCAGAACCAUGAUGAUUGCUAAUACUGGUGGUGCUCUUACUCUACUUCUUGUGUUCUUGCUCGGAGGCUUCCUUCUUCCGAAAAAAGAGAUUCCUGACUGGUGGGGUUGGGCUUACUGGGUAUCUCCUCUCACCUAUGCUUUCAACGGUCUAGUCGUCAAUGAGAUGUUUGCUCCCAGAUGGAUGAACAAAAUGGCUUCUUCUAACAGUACAAUAAGGCUUGGAACUAUGGUGCUUAAUACGUGGGAUGUCUACCAUCAAAAAAACUGGUACUGGAUUGCAGUUGGAGCCUUGCUUGGUUUCACAGCCCUCUUCAACCUUCUAUUCACCGUGGCACUUACCUAUCUCAACCCUCUUGGAAAGAAGGCAGGUUUACUUCCAGAAGAAGAAAAUGAAGACGCUGAUCAGGGAAAAGAUCCAAUGCGUAGAUCUUUGUCUACUGCAGAUGGGAACAGAAGAGGAGAGGUCGCAAUGGGGAGAAUGAGUAGGGACUCUGCGGCUGAAGCAUCAGGUGGUGCUGGCAAUAAGAAAGGAAUGGUUCUUCCUUUCUCUCCUUUAGCUAUGUCCUUUGACGACGUCAAAUACUUUGUUGACAUGCCAGCGGAAAUGAGAGACCAAGGAGUUACAGAAACCAGACUGCAACUGCUUAAAGGUGUGACUGGUGCAUUUAGGCCCGGAGUUUUGACUGCACUUAUGGGAGUGAGUGGUGCUGGUAAGACUACGCUUAUGGACGUUUUGGCCGGAAGGAAAACAGGAGGAUACAUUGAAGGAGAUGUGAGAAUAUCAGGAUUCCCAAAGGUUCAAGAGACAUUUGCUAGAAUCUCAGGAUAUUGUGAGCAGACCGAUAUUCACUCCCCGCAAGUCACAGUCAGAGAAUCUCUGAUUUUCUCUGCUUUCCUUCGUCUUCCUAAAGAAGUCGGCAAAGAUGAAAAAAUGAUGUUUGUGGAUCAAGUGAUGGAAUUGGUAGAGCUGGACAGUCUUAGGGACUCCAUUGUUGGUUUACCGGGUGUCACGGGGCUUUCCACGGAGCAGAGAAAGAGACUGACAAUCGCGGUGGAGCUUGUAGCCAACCCUUCCAUCAUCUUUAUGGAUGAGCCAACUUCAGGGCUAGACGCUAGAGCAGCGGCUAUUGUGAUGAGGGCGGUAAGGAACACAGUGGACACUGGAAGAACCGUGGUCUGCACCAUUCAUCAGCCUAGCAUUGAUAUCUUUGAAGCAUUUGAUGAAUUGAUGCUGAUGAAGAGAGGAGGACAAGUGAUUUACGCUGGUCCAUUGGGUCAAAACUCUCACAAGGUGGUUGAGUACUUCGAAUCUUUCCCCGGAGUGCCCAAGAUUCCAGCAAAGUAUAACCCGGCCACUUGGAUGCUCGAAGCUAGCUCACUCGCCGCUGAGCUUAAGCUAGGUGUUGACUUUGCUGAGUUAUACAAUCAAUCCGCAUUACACCAGCGAAACAAAGCGUUGGUAAAAGAACUAAGUGUACCACCAGCAGGAGCAUCAGAUCUUUACUUUGCUACACAAUUCUCACAAAACACAUGGGGACAGUUCAAAUCAUGCUUAUGGAAGCAAUGGUGGACGUAUUGGAGAUCUCCAGACUACAAUCUUGUCCGGUUCAUCUUCACAUUGGCAACAUCUCUCUUGAUUGGUACCGUCUUCUGGCAAAUCGGAGGUAACAGGUCGAACGCAGGGGACUUAACAAUGGUUAUAGGAGCAUUGUACGCCGCAGUUAUUUUCGUGGGAAUCAACAACUGUUCAACAGUACAACCGAUGGUUGCAGUGGAAAGAACUGUGUUCUACAGAGAAAGAGCAGCAGGAAUGUACUCAGCCAUGCCAUAUGCCAUCUCUCAAGUCACUUGUGAGCUUCCCUAUGUCCUUAUUCAGACCGUUUACUACUCACUCAUCGUCUAUGCCAUGGUUGGUUUCGAGUGGAAAGCCGAAAAGUUCUUCUGGUUCCUCUUUGUUAGCUACUUCUCAUUCCUCUACUGGACAUACUACGGCAUGAUGACUGUUUCCCUCACACCAAACCAACAAGUUGCUUCGAUUUUCGCCUCAGCGUUUUACGGCAUUUUCAACCUCUUCUCUGGCUUCUUCAUUCCAAGACCCAAAAUCCCAAAAUGGUGGAUUUGGUACUACUGGAUCUGCCCUGUUGCUUGGACCGUGUAUGGAUUGAUCGUGUCGCAGUACGGUGAUGUUGAGACACCUAUCCAAGUCCUUGGUGGUGCUCCUGGCUUAACCGUUAAGCAAUACAUUGAGGACCAUUAUGGUUUCCAAUCUGACUUUAUGGGACCAGUAGCGGCUGUACUCAUCGCUUUCACCGUCUUCUUCGCCUUCAUAUUCGCAUUCUGCAUCAGAACUCUCAACUUCCAGACCAGAUAAAACCAUCUCUCAAACAAAGUCUCUUUCUUUUUUGUAUCCAUUCCUCUGUGUUGUUUAUAUAAGCUCUCUCUCUGUUCUAAAUAUGUAUUGUAGUGUCUCAUAACGGAAUUUUUUAAAAAUAUUUUUAUUUAUUGUCUUAUAGAUGAUGACGAAUCAGAUGUAAUAUAAUUCCACUUUUGUGUGUUUAUCCAAAAUUCUUUAAAGUCCAA